AUGAUUGGUGGCUAUUCUCGAGUGGGUUGCUGCAAGGAAGCUUUUUCUCUUUUUCGGGCCACGAGGGAUUCAGGUAUGGAACCUGACAAUUUUACCUUCGUUAAUCUCCUUUCUAUUUGUUCAGAAACGGGUAAUUCCGAUAUGGGUAGAUUCCUACACUUGUACGUAGAGAUAAAUGGGGUGGAAACUGAUUUAUUUGUCAAGAACGCUUUGGUGGAUAUGUAUGCCAAGUGUGGGGAUUUGGUCUCUGCUCAGACAUUGUUUGAUAGAAUGCCUAAGAAGAAUGUGGUUUCAUGGACUUCAAUGGUGGGGGCAUAUGCUCAAAAUGGAUUCUUGGAUCUUGCACGUUGUGAAUUUGAUAAGAAGUCCGAGAAAAAUGUAGUUUCUUGGAAUGCAAUGAUUUCUUGUUAUCUUCAACAAGCUUGUAGCCAACUUGGUGAUUUGAUGACGGGAAAGAAAACCCACAUGUAUAUUCGCAAUAACAACAUACAACCUAGUGUCACAUUAUGUAACUCGCUUAUAGACAUGUAUGCGAAAUGUGGUCCUGUAGAUGUUGCCUUACAUCUCUUUAGACAGAUGUCUAAGAGGAAUGUGGUGUCGUGGAAUGUUAUGAUUAGAGCCCUGGCAAUGCACAGCCGCGCUCUCAAUGCUAUUGAUCUCUUCACUAGGAUGCAAAAUGAUGGUGUACCACUAGAUGGGAUUACCUUUGUCGGCGUGCUAUGUGCUUGUCACCACGGCGGUUUCUUGGACACCAGUCAACAUUACUUCGAUACUAUGAGUCUUGUCUAUGGGGUUCCUCGAGAAAUCGAACACUAUGCUUGCAUGGUCAAUUUUCUAGGAUGA